AGGAAGGACGCCCUUUGACGAUGUUCUACUACAUCUCGUUCUUGAGACCGCCGCCCGCACAAGCAAGCCUGGCACAGACAGAACAGAUUCUGAUUACACCACAGAUAUCCAACGAUCUACGGACAGAGUAUCUGGAAGACGUCGUCGACAUCUAUCAUUCAUGGGCUUUCGUCCCCAACCCACGUUCGCAGACUGCCUCCGUGAUCACCAGACCUGCAAAGCUCACCUCUUGGAGGACAGCUCACGCAUACAAGGAAAUCUCCGUACCGCGUCCACAGAACCUGCGUGACGGGCAGUCCUGGCGGCUUAUUCUAAGCGUUGGUACGACAAGGAAAGACCAGGUCGUUCUCCUCUGUAAUGAUAACAUCGGACACGCGCCGUUCCCCGUGAUGUCCAUGCCCAUCCUAUUUACAAGUCGACCACGGAAGGCCGCGAAGCAGGAAGAGAUAGUGCGAUCCUACUUGUUGCGUGCUCCUGCGCAAGACGCCUCACCUCCAGAGGUAUUCGAUAUAUGUGAACAGACAUCAUUCGAUCUAGACAAAAAAGUGUGGGAUAGUGGAAUAGGGCUCAGUUCUUGGUUGGUGCGACUCUAUUUUGGAGGACAGGUGGAUACAAGUCCAGCAUUAUCUCGUGUGUGGCAAGUACUCUUCAGCAGGGAUCGUCGGGAUAUCAUAGAGCUCGGGGCGGGGACAGGUAUAGUCGCAAUCACUCUGGGUAUCUUGCGGUCGAAACUGGACACCUACGGGCAACCCGGGCGCAUUGUGACUACUGAUCUGUCCUCAGCGUUGCCUCUCUUGCAGCGCAACAUUUCGUCCAACAGUUCGCUCUUAAGUAAAGUCUCACCGGAACCUGCGGCAUUAGACUGGGAAGUCCAGGGACUUCCCGACGCAAUCAUGUCCAAUUUUGACGCUGGACUCGAUGCCAUCGUGAUGGCAGAUGUCACUUACAACACAACAUCUUUCCCGGCGCUGAUCAAUACGCUCUCCCGCCUCGCUGAGUUUUCCAAGUCCAAACGGGCCGAUCGCUACCCGUCUAUAUUGUUGGGGUACAAAGAACGUGAUGUAGCAGAGCGAACACUCUGGAACAUGGCGAAGGAAGCGGACAUUAACCUCGAACAAGUAGGAGUGGUCAGCGGAGCCGGUGGGACUGCAAUCGAGAUUUGGAUAGGUAAUGCAAUAGGAAGUGCAAAUAUCUCGCAAGCGGAAUAAUAGAGGGUAUUAUUUUUCGCCCAGCUUCAAUUAUACAAUCUGACUAGAGAACGAGUUGUAAACAAAAAUGAUAUGGCUACGGAAAAAAAUAUGCCAAGGUAUCUUCCGAUGAAAUCCAGUGCCAGUUCUGACAUGCGAAGACUCGGUCUAGUUGCAUGGGCAUAGAAAUCACGUUCACUUAGGAGAGAUAAACAACACAGUGGUAUACGAAGUAUUGAAGAAUCUAUCACGGUCUCCCCCUACUAGUCCGGCACGUAUAGCGGAGUUGCGAGGAGAAGCAGCUAUCUAGGAUUAAGCAACUUAUUUACAGGACGAGCAAGGAUAAUGACUGACCUUACUAUAUGAAGACAUUUACAAGGGGAGAGAACCCUUACUGCCAGACGUUCCGCCAGAGCUCUUACCCCCGGUUGUGGGAGGGACACUCGUACCCCCA